GAAGAUGCAGAGAAAGAAGAAAUGAAAAAAUGGAUUCGUGAAAUGCAAGAGGAAGCGGAGAAAAUAAAAAAAAUUAAAAGCGAAGAAGCCAAACGGAUGAACGAUACGCCUAGCACGUGGUCUGCAAUGGUCGCGUUACCAACUUCAUUACCAGAAACUGAUAGUAGGUCGAUAUGGAUAGGUAAUCUUGAUCAGGAAACUACGGUAGAAGAAUUGAACGAACGUUUUAAAAAUUGUGGUGCCAUCAGUAGAACGACAAUACCGUGUGAUAAGUUAAGCGGUAAAUCAAAAGGGUUUGCUUACAUUGAGUUCCUGGACGCUGAUUCAGUUGGCCUCGCUAUGACAUUUAAUUACUCAGUUUUACGCGGACGUAAGAUCAAAGUA